UUUGGGGUCUUUUAGAGGUGGGUCGAAGUUGGUCCAACCCGCUACGUGAGCAUACCGCAUAUCCCUCUCUCUUUCCCGUAGCCUUAAUCACCCCCUGCGCACGGCACAACCCCACUCUCCUCUCUCUCUCUUUCUCUCCAUGCUCCAAAUGGGGGCAGGUGGUCGGGAGGUGCCAAUAUCGUUGGACGGAGUGAGAGACAAGAACUUGAUGCAACUAAAGAAGCUCAACACUGCCCUUUUCCCCGUUCGCUACAACGACAAAUACUACGCCGAUGCUCUCGCCUCUGCCGAAUUCACCAAGCUCGCAUACUACAGCGAUAUUUGUGUUGGGGCAAUUGCGUGCCGACUGGAAAAGAAAGAAGGUGGGUCUGUCCGUGUAUACAUCAUGACAUUGGGUGUUUUGGCACCAUAUCGUGGGUUGGGUAUUGGUACAAUGCUGUUAAAUCAUGUCCUUGAUCUUUGUUCCAAGAAAAACAUCGGUGAGAUUUACUUGCACGUGCAAACAAACAAUGAAGACGCAAUCAAUUUCUACAAGAAAUUUGGUUUUGAAAUCACAGAUACGAUUCAUAACUAUUACACAAACAUUACUCCACCGGAUUGCUAUGUUGUUACCAAGCUGAUCGAUCAACCUCAACCAAAGAAAUAACAGUUUGGGAAGUGGUUCCGUGCUAGGUGGUGGUUUUUUUUUCCGUUGUUUACUUUUAGAGUUAGCUUGGGGUCUAGUGUCAAAUGCUUGAGGUUCUAAAUAUGCAGAAGAGGCUGAGUCAUUGACCAUUUUCAUUUCUUAUGCAUCUGUUGAACUGAAUGACUUUGCUAUUGAUUGUUUUUGGCCAAGAACAGUUUUGUAUGGUAUUAGAUGGGUUUCCACGUAAAACCCAUCUACGUAUCAUCCAGUUGAUGACAUUGAUGUAACUCAAUUUAUUAGCUUAACUUGCCCGCUAUAAGGCUGUUUUUUCGAUCA